UCCUCCAAUCUCUUUAUCUUUUCAGACCUGUUUCUACAACUUGAGACAGAGCAGGUGGAGAGGAACUACAUCAAAGAGAAAAAAGCAGUGGUGAAAGAAUUUGACGAUAAGAAAGUGGAACUGAAGGAAAAUCUUAUUGCAGAGCUGGAAGAGAAGAAGAAGAUGAUCGAGAAUGAGAAAUUAACAAUGGAGCUGACAGGGGAUUCCAUGGAGGUGAAACCUAUUAUGACCCGGAAGCUCCGGAGACGACCUAAUGAUCCUGUGCCCAUUCCAGACAAGCGGAGAAAGCCAGCACCUGCCCAGUUAAACUAUUUACUCAGUGAUGAACAGAUCAUGGAGGAUCUAAGAACAUUAAACAAGCUUAAAUCUCCGAAAAGACCAGCGUCCCCGUCUUCUCCAGAGCACCUACCAUCGACUCCAUUGGACACCCCAUGCCAGCGUUAUGAGGCACGGAUAGAGGAGGGGAAAAUCUACUAUGAUAAGAGAUGGUACCAUAAAAGUCAAGCAGUCUAUCUGGAGUCCAAGGAGAACACCAAGAUCAGCUGUGUCAUCAGCUCUGUGGGGACCAAUGAGAUCUGGGUGAGAAAGACAAGUGACAGUACGAAGAUGAGGAUCUAUUUAGGGCAGCUGCAACGAGGGGCCUUCAUCAUUCGACGCAGAUCAGCAGCAUAGACGUCCUGUAUGUGUAUGUGUGUGUUUUUUUUUUUUUUUAAAAAAACAUUUUA